AUGCCUCGGAAGCUCACAACGACCGUAGCUAUUGCUGGUCUGCUCCUGAUCUUCGCGGUCGGCAUCAUGCGCCAGCGCCGUAUCAAGAGGAACAACCUUGCCUACGUGAACAACAACAUCGGCAUGCAAGGCGCGCAGUACGGCGGUCCUCCAGGCUACUACCAGGCGCAGGGGUACAACCCACAGUAUCCUCAGUACCCGCCAGCAACGCACAAUGGGUGGGAUCCGCGCACUGGCUUUGCUCCUCCCUAUCAGUCGCAGCAGCCUCCUCAGUACACCCCUCCCAUGGGUCCUCCGCCGGUCGUGUCGGACAAGACCCGCCCGCUGAGCCAAGCAUGA